AUGUGGACCUGGGGUCUUGGCGAUUACCGCGUCGACCGGGUCCCGCGGCUUCAGGAGUCGAUUACCUACUUGGUGCGGUACAUGGAAGAGCACGGACCGUUUGAUGGUAUCAUAGGGAGUUCGGCCGGCGCGUCGGUUGCUGUUGUCCUGGGGUCUUUGUUGGAGGGGAAGAAGUUGAGGGAGGGGUGUCAGGAGAUUAAGAUGGUGACAACCCACCCACCCGUCAAAUUCAUCCUCUCCUACAGCGGCUUCAAGAUGAGCCAUGUCUGCUAUCACGCCAUCUACCGCCCAAAGAUCCAAACCCCAGUCAUGCAUUUCAUCGGCAACUUGGACACCUACAUCCCAGGGCCCUUGACGCUGCAGCUUGCGCGUCGGUGCGUGAAUCAUCGAGUUGUUUAUUUCCAUGGUUGUCAUUAUAUUCCGAGACUGGGGUUUACGACUAUGGCGGCUGGCGGGUUUAUCUGUGAUUGUUUGGGUGGGAAAGGGGAAGGGAGUGGUAGGCUCAGUCCGAGUCACAGCCACAGUCAGGGUGGUGAUGUUGAGGAGGGCGAGCAGCAGCAGCAGCAGCAGCAGGAGAACGAUGGCGAUGGGGAGUGGGAGUGGGUUGAGGAUGAGAAAACUGGGGAUUGGGUUGCGAAGUUGUGA